GGUCCUCCACGCUGGUUGACGUCGCUGAGAAUGUUUAGCACCGCCUUUGCGGACCCUCUUUCCUUGACGUGGCUCGUUGUUUAGUAUGCUUGGCACUUCCUGGUGAACGCAGGCAGGAAAUCGAAGGCAUUUUGAAAUCAAAACAAGAUUACAAGAAACAUCAGAAAUACACUUUACUCUUUAACAAAUCGGAGCUUUCAGUAAACCGUUAUCUCCGUGUUUGUAUUGCAGAGGAGUAUUUGAGGACAAGGGACAGUGUCGCGAUUUUGAAUCACUAUAGACGGAGGGAACUGCGUUGCACGAAAAUGAGCUCAAAAUGGUUAAAAUAAAAUCAAAACCUCCAAAUAUCCGAAUGAAAGUCUUUAUCUGUGCAGCUUUUAUUGCGACGAGCUCAAAAAGGUAGUCCGAAACUUGGCAACAAAUUGUUAGAAACACGUUUUGAUUUGGAUGAAACUUAACGCCACGUCACACGUUUGACAGCCUGCUCAAUAGCCUAUACCGCUACGCGUGUGCUACUGGAUUACGUUAAUAAUAUUGCCCUUUUUUCUAGAUUUUUUUAGAAUAAGCAAUUCGUAUUCAGUUUGCUAAUGGUGGCUGAUCUAUAAUAUCAGUUGCUAGCAGGAGACUAAUGCUUUCUCGGUUUUGUACUUUGCGAUUCUUUUUUUAAAUGCUUUUGUUCAAGCAUUGUCUCUUUUAAUACAAUCAAGCAGGAAACAUAUAUUUUUAAACAAACAUGACGGCUUCAAACUGGGGUUUGAUCAUGAACGUGGUCAACAGUAUCGUGGGAGUGAGUGUGCUGACCAUGCCGUUUUGCUUCAAGCAGUGUGGCAUGGUCCUGGGGGCUCUCCUGCUCCUCUUCUGUGCCUGGAUGACCCAUCAGUCCUGCAUGUUCCUGGUGCACGCUGCCAGCAGCAGCAAGCGCAGGACCUACGCAGGACUUGCCUACCUUGCAUAUGGAAAAGCUGGAAAAAUGCUUGUGGAAAUGAGCAUGAUCGGGCUGAUGUUGGGCACCUGCAUUGCUUUCUAUGUUGUCAUUGCAGAAUUGGGCUCCAGUUUCUUUGCCCGGUUACUGGGGCUUCAGGUGACUGGUGGUUUCCGUGUGGUCCUGCUCAUUGUAGUGUCCCUCUUCAUCGUCCUGCCGCUGAGUCUUCAGAGAAACAUGAUGUCCUCCAUCCAGUCUUUCUCUGCCAUGGCCCUCAUGUUCUACACACUCUUCAUGUUUGUAAUGGUGCUGUCCUCCUUCAAACAUGGCCUCUUCAGUGGGCAAUGGAUGAAGCAGGUCAGUUACGUGCGCUGGGAAGGCGUCUUUCGCUGCAUCCCUAUCUAUGGCAUGUCUUGCGCCUGUCAGUCGCAAGUGCUUCCUACCUACGACAGCCUGGAUGAGCCGUCUGUUAAAAGAAUGAGCACCAUCUUCACUUCCUCGCUGAAUGUCGUCACCACUUUCUACAUCACUGUGGGAUUCUUUGGCUAUGUGAGUUUCACGGAGGACAUUGCUGGGAAUGUGCUGAUGAAUUUCCCCUCCAAUCUGGUGACAGAGAUGAUCCGAGUGGGCUUCAUGAUGUCUGUAGCUGUGGGCUUCCCCAUGAUGAUCCUGCCCUGCCGACAAGCCAUCAACACCAUGCUCUUUGAGCAGCAGCAGAAAGAUGGCACCUUCGCGGCAGGAGGUUACAUGCCACCCCUCCGGUUUAAAAUGAUCACCCUUGCCAUUGUAUUCGGCACCAUGGUGUGCGGGAUCCUCAUCCCCAACGUGGAGACAAUCCUGGGACUGACUGGAGCCACCAUGGGCAGCCUCAUCUGCUUCAUCUGCCCAGCCCUCAUCUACAAAAAGAUUCACAAGAAUGGUCUGUCUGCUCAGCUUGUGCUGUGGGUAGGGCUGGGGAUCCUGCUGAUCAGCACGGUCACAACGCUGUCAAUGUCCGCGAGCGUGCCGGUCAAGCUGGAGCCUGCUUCUGUGCUGGAGGAGCUGCCAUUGAAGGAACAGAACGGGGAGGCGCUUCUGGAACAGGGCAAGAUCUCCGUCGAGGACCCAGUUGUACAGGAGGAGGCUGUGGACGGACAGGAGAGACCCAGGCUGCCGGACGCCGGGGACGGGGAGAAGGAGCAGGUUGAGCCCCCGCAGAUUAAAGGCCCUGUGGAGAUCAUCCCAGAGAAGAAGGGUAAACUGGAAGAAGUUCAGCUGGACAGACCCAACCCAGGGAUGGCGGUCCCAGUUGGGGAAGCCCAUCGACACGAGCCUCCCAUCCCUCACGAUGAGGUCAGGGUGGACGUAAGGAAGGACAAAGAGGACUCGUCCGAGAAGAGGCCUCCCGCCAACCCUGACCUUAAGCAGGAGGCGGGGCUAGCUGUCAAGGAGGCGGAGCAGGGCGAGAGGAAGGAGGCGGGGCUGGGUGAGGGGGAGGCUGCAGGCGUUGUGGUGCAACAGGAGGAAGGGCAGCCAGCUGAACACGCCCAGGGGAACAACGCUCUUCAGCGGCAGCCACAGCAGGAAGGCAGGCCAGCCUACAAAGACCUCGAGGGAGCUGGAAAGCAGGAGGUGCCCCCUAGGGAAGAGGAGCACCCUGGGAAGGAGGUACAGCAUGAGGGGAAGCCUGUCAACGCUGGGAAGGUACCAGAGCACCAUGGAGGGAACGUUGAGGGGGUCCCCGCACAGCUUGGGGAGGGCAAGGCAGUGGAGCAGAGCGACGCUGAAGGGAACAAGUUGGAUGGACAGGAGGGCAAGAUUGAUGAUGAGAUUAAAAAGCUGGUAGCAGAGGCAGGCCGGGCAGAGCAGCUGGAGCACGCUGUGCUCAUGCAGGUCAUCCAGGUGCAGCAGCAGCAGCAGAGACUGCUGGACCAGCAGGAGAAGCUGCUGGCUGUAAUCCAGGAGCAGCACAAGGAGAUCCAUCAGCAGGACAAGCCUCCAGGUUUGGAGGAGCAGGGAGUCCCAAGCGAAGAGAAAGCAGCACAGGAGAAUCGUAACGCCCAGGGGGCUGCAGCAGCGGCAGGGUUAGAGAAAGAACCCCACCAGGAGCAGCUGCCUAGGGGUCCAGCAGAACCCCACAAUCAGGCAGCCGGAGGUGAUGUGAACCCCAAGGGUCCAAAACAUCCAGAGGCCCCUCAAGAGGAUAUCAAGAAUGAUAAAGAGCCCAAAGUUGAGUCCAAUAAGAUCAGGGACACCGCAGUCAAGCACCCAAAGGAGGAGCCCAAAGUGGAUAUCCCAAAUGCCAAUGAAUUGCCAGGUGGUGUUGCAGAAGGGCACAGGGAGGUUGGUGCCAGAGGAGUACCCCUGGGGCAGAAGGUUCACAAGAAGGAGCCUCCGCUCAAGGACGGGGGGGCGGGGCAACCCCAAGGCAGGCCUGAACUGCCACCACAGGAAGGGGUUGUUCAGGCGGAGAAGAGAGCCGUGCCAGAUGGAGGAGUGGUGAAGCCCGUGGAACCAGAAAAUAAAGAAAAACAGGACAGCGAAGUGGCAGUGCAUCAACAUCUCGUCAAGGAGGUGCUGAAAACUGAGGAGGAGGAGGAGCUGAAUAUGAAGAGGGACCAGGGCCAGGCUGUGGUGGACAAAGACCUGAAAGAACAAAACCAGGAAAUGGAUCUGAAGGAGCACAGAGUGAGGGAGCACAGAGAGGUAGCCAAGAAGGAAAACCACAAUGACCAGCAGCAGCAGCAGCAGCAUCCACAGGAGGAUGUGGACAAGGGUCCUGCAGUGAAAGAGAAGCCGAACCGAGACGCGGAGAUGGAUCUGAAGAGAAGGAAGAGGAGAGAGCUGCAGACCGGGCAGCACCAGGAGCCUGCAGUCAUGGGACUGGAGCCCCUGCUGAACCUGGGGGGGUCGGACCUCCACGCAGCACUGGAGGGACAGCUGCUGGGGGGCGCGCUGGUCCACACGCGGCAGAUCAAAGAAGCCGUGACCCCAGCCGAGACCCUCGGCGAGAAACAGAGAUAAUCUUCAGAGAGAGGGCGAGCUUGGGGUCUGGCGGAUGCUUCCAUGGUGUCGGAUUUGGAAUUGCAACCAACAUUGCAAAACCGGGAUGUGCUUUAAUUUCCUUACUGCAUAUCUGAAGACAAUAAUGUUCGCAGCAGAAUUUUUUUUUUUUUUUUUUUUAAUUAUUAUUUUUGGCUAUUUGGCUAAAUAUUUUUAGGAAUAGGCUACCAUACCCCCUCCAUUCCAAUAGCAGAUACAGCAAAUGUUGUUGUGUGUUUUUUUUUUUUUAUUAUUUAAUAGAAGCUAGUAAAACUUUAUCUCUUCCCUCAAAUGGAUUUUACCUAUUAAAAUAAUAAAGAUUUAUUUUAUUACAUUUUGAUCAUAUGAACUAGUAAAAAAAAAACAAAAAAACAACACAUUCUUGAAGCCAUAACUUACUGGAGCACAGCGUUGAGGCGAUGCACCUUCAUCUAUUUAAAGCAUUCCACAGUAGUAGGAAGGUUGUGUGCCCAGUGAGUGAGCCAGCCAGUAAUUUUGUCCAAGCGUUUUGCAUUUUUCUUUCAUUCAAACACCAGGAUUAGUUUAGAAUCAGGACAGAUUUCAUUUGCCUGCCUUCAACCACUGUCUGAACAUACAGCCAUGACUAACUUUUCAUAAACUGGAGCCGGCUCUUCACUGAGCUUCUAAAUUCUCAUUGUGAAGUGGCUCAGUCGUUUUAGUGGGAGCCAGGAGAUCCAGGAUUUGGAUUCCAGCUCUACCCAUUUGAUCAGUGCUCCAUUCCUUUAUGGGGCAAGCCACUUAAACUCUGUGCCCCCCAGUGGAAAGUAUAGGAGUUGCCUCCUGGAGAAGUCAAACUUCAAACAGCUAGGCAGACUUGCCAGGGUUUCUCAUCUGUUAAUAUUACACCUGGAAUGUUAAGCGCUCUUAAAUGACAUUCUAAAUCUUUUUGUGGCUUAACAAAAGUAGCAAUGUUAAUGGCCGUGUAUGCGACACUUGUUUUGAGUUUUUCUAGGAAGCUACUUAAACUUAAACAUCUCCCUAAAAUGAUUCCUGAUAAUUUAACAAACCAAAAUCUGUUCAGUUUUCAGCUAGAUCCUGUUGCUCUCUAUUCUAGCUUUCACAGGCCUGUGUUGGACACAAUGGAUUCAGUGAUAAUUCACUGUUUUCAAUAUUCUUUUUCAAUUUUUGAUGUUAGUCAGAUAGUGAAAUAACAAGGACGAACUGCAUAAGUUCUUAUUUGUACAUCCUAAAAAAGAACAAUUCUGAUGUUUUUUUUAUUUUAUUUAGAUUUUUAACCACGACUAUUAAACACUUGAUAGAGCUGAAUUAGGAUGUGCUUCAAGAAACUCAAAUUCAAUGACAAAACAAACUGUUAGGGAUUUUUGUAUUUCUUUUAUUCAUUUUUGUUAACAGACGAGGAGGUACUAAAAAGGAGAAAUUCGGUUAUUAAAAACUCUUGUAAAUAUGCACACCAGGAAGUAAGAAAUAAAACUUACAUGUUUCACCAAAACUCUAUGCUAAAAUGGCUAACCUACAAACACCUGCUUCAGAGAUUACUUCUAUUUUGUGGGAUGACCAAAAACAGAUCGUGGGGCAAGUGUAUAUCCAUUCUGCUUUCAGACUGCCAACACAGUAUUUAACACGCCUGUAAAGUCUAGUGUGUUUGUGGAUAUGGAUUUAAUCUAGGCUAUAUUGUGUAGAGAAUAGCUGUGUUUAAAAUGUAUUUGAACAUUCCAUUUUCUAUUGUACUUUUUUUUUCUUUGCUGUUUUUUCUCUCCAGUGCCUUUCUGAUUAACUUCGGAUUCGAUGUUAUCAACAGUGUAUUGUUAUAUGCCCAUCGCUUUACUUGAACCAAUUGUUGUUGUAACUGUUUACCCAUAUUGUCUGUGUUGUUACCUUGUGUGCCUUACCUAGCCUGAAUUGCUGGGUACCUUAAUAAAAUGAUUAACUAGCUUUAGAA